AGAAGGAAGAAGAACCCUCGAAGAACUUUCGCAUAUUAAAACAUCACCAGCAGUCAAUGGCAACAAACAUGCAACAUUUCUUGAGUGGAAGCAAAGGACAGGUGACAGCAGGGUCACUACAGCAUGGAGUGACUCUUCCUCCCUGAUGCUAUUUCUUUUUCUUUACUUGAUAUGAUCCUUCCCAGUAUUUUAAUGCAUGGAUCUUGUGGUAUGGGCAUUCAGUAUACAAGUGCAAGUGUAAAGAAGGUGGUUAGUAGUUAAUUGAUUGCAUUCUCAAAGGUGUAGUGGCAAUUCCAACUCCCACAAAUCUACCAAAGUUUGCCAUACAGAGUUGCAUCAUCUCCUUGCUUCUUCUCUCUUUCUUUCUCUGUUGUCUUUUACUUUGUUUCUCUUCUCCUUCUUCUGGAUCUUACCGGCGUGUAGGAAUUUAGUUCUUUCUAUCUGUCUCUCACACAAGCACAAAGCUCUCUUUUGCAGCAGAGAAAUGGGAUGACAGUGGUGGAAAAGCAGCUGAAUCUUUCAGCACGGCUGCUCGUUAAAUCAAAAGAAAGUCUUUUGUUCUCCUUAUGCUGUGAUCUUGCUGGUAUGCUGGUACAAGUUGCUGUGUGCCAAAGAACUUGGAUUGCUUUCCAAGUCUGCUUGCUGCCUCACCACAUCGGUAGACACCUCAUUUCAUGCUCCUCUUCAAUCUUGUUCAUGUCUUCAAGUUACUGAACUUUGACUUUAAUGUUAUUGCUGUCAUCUGUUCUUAAAGAGGAGAUGAACCAAUUCAGCUCAUGAUCUGGAAUUGUUCUUCUUUUUGGCUUGGAUCUUCUACCCGGGAUUCCAUGAUGCUGAAGAGGUUUUAGGUAGAAGCAGAUACCAUCAGUUUGCCUGUGAUCAUGGCAACACUGUCACAUUCUGAAUCCAGGCGCCUGUACUCAUGGUGGUGGAAUAGUCAUAUCAGCCCAAAGAAUUCUAAGUGGCUUCAAGAAAACCUUGCAGACAUGGAUGGCAAGGUCAAAGCCAUGAUCAGAAUUAUUGAAGAAGAUGCUGAUUCCUUUGCAAAAAGAGCAGAAAUGUACUACAAGAAGCGCCCCGAGCUCAUGAAACUGGUAGAGGAAUUCUACCGAGCUUACCGUGCUUUGGCAGAAAGAUAUGACCAUGCCACUGGGGUGCUUCGUCAGGCUCACCAGACUAUGGCUGUCGUCUUCCCCAACCAAAUUCCGCUUGAGAUAUCUGAUGAAUCCCCUUCUGGAUUUCCUGCUGCAGAAGUGGAGCCAGUUAGUUCUGAAAUGCUCAUGGAACUAAUUGAUGCUAAUGGUUCAAGGCUCGAUGUUUCAGGUGUGCCAUCAUUCUAUGAUGCCAUGAAGAUGAGUGGGGCUUUUCCUGAAGUGAUUGAUGCAGCAUUUGCUGAAGUGAUCAUGACAAAGGGCUUCAACUCUCAAGAGGAUGAUGGAAAGGAUUCAGAGUUGAAGUUACUUCGGGAAGAGAAUUCCAGGUUGUCGCAGGAAAACUUGGAUUUCAAGAAUCAGAUCAAGUUGGAGUCAGUGCGUGCCAAUGGAGCUGAAACAGAAGUUCAACAACUAAAAGAGGCCUUUUCCAAAGAAAACGAAGAUGCUCUUUGUCGAUACCAUGAAUCUGUGGCAAGAGCAUCUUAUCUGGAAACAGAAAUAUCUUGCAUCCAAGAAGACCUUAAGAAGCUUAAUGAUGAGAUGCUAAUCCAAACUGAGAGAUUAACUAGUGCUGAGGAGCAAAGAAUUGUUUUGGAGAAGGCAAAUCAAUCUUUGGAAUUGGAACUUGACAUGCUGAAGCAGAAAACAAGAGAGCAACAGGAAGAGAUUAGCAUUAAGGGAGAAGAGUUGGCAAAACUAGAAAUAUCCUUGCAUGAUGAACAUGUAAAAAGCAUGAAGAACGAAAUCGAUUUCUGGUCUCUUGAGAAGCAAUACACUGAAUCCCUGGAAGAGAUGAGAGUUGCACUUGAGAAGUUGAAAGAAAUGAAGCUGACCAAAUUGAGCUUAGAAGAUGAAGUGCUGAAGAUUAGGGAGGAAAAUAACAGACUGAAUGAACAAAAGCUUUCAUCUACGCUGAAGAUAAUCGAUCUGCAAGAUGAGAUCAUUCUCUUGAGGGAUCUAAAAGGAAAACUUGAAGAUGAAGUGAAUCACUGUGGAGAGCAAAAGGAAGUUAUUCAUCUAGAGCUAUGUCAGCUUAAAGAAGACAGAAACAAUAUACAAAAAAGACAUCAAGUGCUGAAAGAACAAAUACAAGCAAUGUCUCUGGAAAUGGAAUCCCUUCAGGCAAUGAUAAAGGAGUUGAUGAAUGAAAACAGCGACCUCAAAGAGACCAUCAAGAAACAUGAGUUGGAAGAAGUUCUUUAUUUGCAGAACACGGAACACAUGGAGAAGCAGUAUACUGAAUCACAGGAAGAGGUGAGAGGUCUCCAUGAGAAGCUGAAAGAGAUGGAACUGACUAAAUGGAACUUAGAGGAAGAACUGCAGAAGAUUAAGAAGAAAAAUAACAGACUGCAUGAACAAAAACUUCCGUCUACUCUAAAGAUUAUCAGUCUGCAGGAUGAGAUAAUUUUCCUGAAGAAUUUAAAAGGAAAACUUGAAGAUGAGCUGAAACUCUGCAGAGAGGAAAAGGACAUUCUUCAUCUAGAGCUCUGUCAACUUAAAGAAGACAAAAAUAAUCUAGAAGAGAGACAUCAUGUGCUCAACAACCAAACAUAUGCUGUGACAAUGGAGAUGGAGACCCUUCAAGCACUGAUGAAGGAGCUGAAAAAUAGCAACAAUGACCUAAAAGAGAUCAUCAAGAAACAUGAGCAUGAGAAAAUUCUUUAUGUGCAGAACAUGAAACAUAUUCAAACAAUGUCAGAGAGGAAUGCAAUACUGGAAACUUCACUUUCAGAUGCAAAUGAUGAGUUAAAGAGGUUACAAGAGAAACUAAAGGCAUCAGAAGACUCCUGCAAAAAUCUCCAAAGGAUGGUUUCUCUUAAUCAAACUGAAAAAGCUGUACUCAUCUCCCAUAUGGAUACUGCUGCUCAAAAUAUCGAGAAACUUUUGAACAAAAAUACAUUCUUGCAGAAUUCCCUCUCUGAUGUGAAUGCUGAACUUGAUAGUCUAAAAGAAAAGUUGAAAAGCUUGGAUGAAUCCUGCCGAUCUCUUCAUGAUCAAAAAUCUACCCUUCUUUCUGAAAAGGGCACUCUUGUUUCACAGGUGGAAAGCAUCAGCUGGAGUUUAAGGAACUUGGAGAAUAGCUACACUGAAUUAGAAGACAAAUGCUCGAAUCUAGAAUGGGAGAAAGCUUCGAUACUUCAUCAUGUUGCUGAGCUACAACAGUUACUGAGGCAAGAAAAGGACAAGCAUACAGCUCUUAUUGAUUCGAGCAAAAAUCAGCUUAGCGCAUUGGAAGAUCAGAUUUAUCACCUGGAGAAACAAGGUCGGCAAAGGGAGGAGGAGCUUGAAGUGGAACAGCACAGAAUUAUGAAUGCUCAGAUUGAAAUUUUCAUCUUGCAGAGAUGUCUAUGUGAUAUGGAGGAGCAGAGUUUGAGCCAUUCUGUUGGAUUUCAAAGACAUGAAGAAAAUUUAAGAUCUGCAGAGAAACUAAUAGUCGAGCUUGAACAAGAAUGCCUCAUGAACAAGAAAAAGAUGGAAUCUUUAGUGGAGCAUAAUGAGAAACUAAGGGAGUGGAUUCUUCGAAUAGUAAAACUUCUUGAGAUUGAUCUGAAGUAUGUUUCUUUCGAUGAUGUCAAAGAUGACUUUCUUUUGCAGCUUAUUCUAUGUGAAGUCAGACACCUACUUAAAUCUAUUUCAGAGGCAUAUGACGAAAAGCAAAUUCUGAUCCUUGAAAAAUCAGUUGUUGUCACUCUACUCGAGCAGUUUGGACUGUAUGUUUCAGAUCUGAGAGCAGAAAUGAUGGCUCUUGACAGGAAAUCUAAAACAAGAACCGAGGAAUUUACAGCACUCAAAGACAAGAAUGAUGAAAUCCUUCAGGUGAAUAAGCAAUUGAGGGAGAAGUUACAGGCCAGCAACCAAAGAGAGGAACUAUUGAAUGCUGAAGUGGAUACUCUUUUUAGACAGUUAUUACAGUUACAAGAGGCUCACUGCAAACUACAAAGUGAAACCUCUAAGAUGUUUGAAGGAAAUCAAUUUCUGUCUAAGAAACUUCAUGAAUUGAGAAAGACAAAAGAAAAAUUGGAGGAGGAAAACAGUGCCAUGCUUGCAGAGAUUAUGGCCUUGGAUUACCUUUCGGUGGCACUCCGGAAUUCCAGUGCUGAGAGAGGAUUGGAACUACAGAUAUUAAGUGAUGAAAGGGACUACCUUUGCAAGGCAAGAAAUGACCUUGUCCAGGAAAUUACACAAAUUAGUGAAAAAGUUGAAGUGCUUGAGCUUGAAAACAAACAUCUGAAAGUAUCAUUUACCAAAUUGGAAGAGUGCAGAAGAUAUCUGUUAAGACUUGACAACGAUCUGAACAUGGCUAGAAAUGUAAUAAAUGUUUGCGAACAACUGAAUCUACAAAGUCAUACAGGAAAUAAUCUUGUACUGGAGAAGGAUGCGGAGUCGUCACAAGUGAAGAACAACCGAGAUAGAAACCUAAAAGAUCUUAAAAUCAACACCAAUGAGGCUGAGAUAGUGAGAGAAGAAAUGGAGAAGAAAAUCUCCAGCUCAGAAGGUUAUGGCUGUAAGAGAAAUGAACUUGCAUGCCUUCAUCAAGCAAAUGAGAUUAUGAAAUCGGAAAUGGAUAGAAUGAAUGAACACGCCGACAAGCUCAGAAUCAAAGAAGAUAAUCUGACUACUGAAUUGCCAAAAAGAACAGAUGAGACCAAGUCCUCUGAGGUAGAAAUUUUAUCACUGUUAAAUGACGUUCAGUGUGCUACGAUUACUGCAACACUGUUUAGAGAGAAGGUAAUUGAACUGAUACUAACGUGUGAGAGCAUCGAGAGAAGUGCCUUGUUGAACAGGAAAGUUCUACAUGAGGAACUCAUGCACAGAGAUGCAAGAGUUGAUGAACUGAAGGAAAAAGUAAAUGCCCUGGAGGGAGAAAACGGAAGAUUGAAGGAAGAACUGAAUGCGUAUUUGUCACUUCUAGGCAACUUUUGGGAUGAUAUUGCUAUCCUGGAAGAACAGACUCUCUACUUGGGAAAGCACCAUCCAUCACCAACCAAUCAGGGAAAGCAGGAGAAGCAAACAAGGUCUGCUCACCAGAGGAGUCAAGAACUAAGUCAAACUUGCACUGCGAGAUCGCCGCCGGGAAUCUUGGAAUUGCAGAAGUUACAGGCCAAGGUCAAGGCACUUCAGAAAUUGGUGAGGAAGACCAGGAGCCUCUUGGAUCUGGAGAGGCUGGGAACACAUGCUGGCUUGGAGGCUGCAUGCAGAGAGAUCGAAGCAGUGAAAUCAAAAGACAAACUAGACACUGACAUGCGGAAGAUGAAGUAUGAGAGGAUCAUGAGAGACAUACAGCUUGACAUCGUUCUCAAUUCUUCACGACAUGGGAGCAGCAACAUCCAUUCUCAUGGCGCAAACAAGAGGGAAAACGCCAGUGAAGCCUCGGGCCAGCCCCUUGAACUAUGGGGAACAACAUCUGAAGGUAAUUGCAGCAACGAGACGCAGAAAUCGCCACCGGUAAUCGAGGAGCUCAGUGCAGCACGCCACCUGAUCGAGGAAAUGGAGGGAAACCAUCCCUCAAGCGAGCCGGUCUCCGAGAAAGAGUUGGGCGUUGACAAGCUCGAGGUGGCCAAGAAAGCCGAGUCCCCCCAGGAAUGGAGCCGAAGGGUCAUGGAGAUGCUUCGCUCUGAUGCUCGAAGGCUCAUGGUUCUCCAAGCAACCACACAGGAACUGCACAAGAACAUGGAAGAACUCGAAAAGAUCAACCACCCGACAAGAUCCGAUCUUGAUGCUAUCAAACUGCAGCUACAAGAAGCUGAAUCAGCCACCUCGAAGCUGAGUGCCAUCAACAGCAAAUUGACAGAGAAAGCUGCAAGCUUUUCCGAGCCACCCGACCAGACCGGGGAGAAGAAGGAUGCUGAGAACAGAAGCAGAAGACAAAUCUCUGAUCGGGCAGAGAAGUUGUCUGAAAAGAUCGGAAGGUUGGAGUUGGAUCUGCAGAAAGCACAAUCCACGUUGCAGAAGAUAGAGGAAGAACACAGAAGCAAGAAGACCAGAAGUGUGCAGAAGUCCGGAGUCCUCCUCAAGGAGUACAUCUAUGGGAAGAGAGACAGCGUCAAGAAGAAGAAGAAGAGGGGCGCCUGCGGAUGCAUGCGGCCCAAAGCAAAGGGUGACUGAGCUCUCCUGCUGCUUCUUUCACUUCUUCUUCUUCCUCACAACUCCAUGGACAACUGAAGCUGGAUUAGUAGCAAUCUACGGAGUGUGCAUGGAAUCGAAGCUGGGAUUUGUUUGUCUUGGUGAUUUGUUGAUGCUGGGAUUUGAUCCAGUGCUUCCCCUGAGAUGAUGUUAUGCAUGCAUGCAUUGUUACUGUAUUUAAGUGUACAUGUAAUUCAAGCUAGGACCGGAAGUGGCUUCAUGUUCAUGACUCUGACAGUGUCAGAGUUGA